CUCACACACACACACACACACGAGCAUCCUCAGCCUCUCCCCUCCCUCUCUCCCUCUCUCCCUCUCUCUCUUUCUCUCUCUCUCACACACACACACACAUUCUGUGGCAGCGCUCGGUGGUGGAAGCAUCUCGUCUCUGUUUAUCCCGUGUUCGAGAGCCAGCCGCGGCGGCACAGACACACACUCGUACUUCAGUCUCAUCCCCCUGUUUCUGAGGGACAUGAUGGAGGGAUAACGGAUGAAGAAGGGAUACCGGAGAGUAGAGGAGUGCUAAGUUUUCAGACGAGCGAGGGAUCUGAUUAUUCAGUGUGUUGUUUAUCCCGGCUGUUGAUGGUGACAGCGUGACGGCUGAAUCUUCUCUCACUCCGUUCCUCCUUAAGGUAAGAAGAGCAGAAGAAAAGGAACAGCAGAGGAGUGGAGCGUUGGAUGAUGCGAGCGGAGGAGAGACUGCGUUUAUCUGCCACCUACGACAAAGUGUCACAGCUAAAGCCAUGAGUUGCAGUGUUUCCCUUCAGGUUUAAGGCGAGGACGUGACGUGAAAGUACUGGACUAUGAUUCUUAAAGAUGGAGUCUGCGCUUUUUUCUGGUCGGGACGGAGAGGUGGGAAUCUCCUGCUGCUGUUCGUUUCUCUGCUGCUUCUCCAGGCCGAUGUUACAUUCUCGAAGAACACGCACUACUCCUGGAAAACAGGUCAGUGGGGUCGUUGUAAAGGAGAGGAAUGUGGCUCAAGUGGUGUUCAGUCCCGCAGUGUGUGGUGUGUUCACUCAGAUGGCUGGAACACACACCACUCCAACUGCCAGCACUCUGUCAAGCCUGACACUCAGAGGCCCUGCUUCAAGGUGUGUGAGUGGCACCAGGACCUGUUCGAGUGGGACGUGUCCGAGUGGAGUUCCUGCUCUCUCACUUUGAACUCUAAUGACGUGAAGACGCGACCUCUGGCAUCCGAGUGCGUCACGGCCCAACACGGUAUUCAGAGACGUUCGGUUCGCUGCGUCCGUGUGCUCAACGGGACGUCCGUGUCCGAUCGUAUCUGCGAGUUCUUCUCUCCUCGGCCGCCUCUGGAACAGGCGUGUCUGAUCCCAUGCCCUCUGGACUGUGUGGUGUCUGAUUUCUCCUCGUGGUCACACUGUAGCGGGAUGUGCGGGGUCGGAUUGAGGCACCGGACGCGCCACGUUCUCGCAGCUCCUGCGUAUGGUGGAGCCGGAUGCCCCGAUCUGAGCGAAACGCAGCUGUGUGAACACCAGCUGCCAUGUCCGAUAGGUGAGGACAGGAAUCUGUACAGCCUGAAGGUAGGGGCAUGGAGCGAGUGUAGACUUCCACAGCAGAAAGACCUGGUGAUGAAUGGAAGGACGACCCUGGAUUUUGGUGUUAAGGAGAAGAAUAUGGUGAAAAGACAUGUUCGAGGUGGCCGAUACCAACAAGCACACUAUACACAUCAACACCAUAGAUAUCAUGAUCAUCAAGAUCAAUUUCAACACAUUUCUCAAGACCAAACCCAACAAAUCCCUCAACAAGGCCAACAGCAACACUACCAAACCCCAAAUGAACAACAGCACCUCCAAGACCAAAACCAUCUUCAACUUCAAGAGCAAAACUAUCCACAAAAUCAACAUCACCUACUUCAGAAUCAAAACCAGCAAGAUCAGGAACUUUAUCCAGACCAAACACAACAAAUCAAGCAAAAACCCCAACACCAGCUUCAUCAAGACCACGACCAGGUUCAUCAACACCAGUUCACCAACAACCACCAACUCCAUCAUAACCAGACCUACCGACACCAUAACCUUUCACAAAACCACCUUCCCCAACUCCACCAUCAACCCCAGCAGCAGCUCUAUGAGGUCUCCAGGUGGUGGGAUGUGGAGAUCGGCUACCAGACGCGGCAGGUUCGCUGCAUGGCCAGUGAUGGGAAGAACUCGGUGCUGAGUUUGUGUUCUGGAGACGACGCCCCUGCCUCGUCCCGCCCCUGCCUCAUGCUCAGAGACUGCCACACCUCCGACUGGUCAUCCUGGAGCUCGUGCUCAAAGACCUGCCAAUCAUCUGAUCUGUCUCCUGGUUAUCGCGUGAGGAGGCGGAGCGUGAUGCAGCCCAGCACAGGGAGAGGGGCAGAAUGCCCCGCCCUCCAGGAGAAAGAGGCCUGCAAUAUUAUUGGGGAUUUACUACCCAAGUGCCCCAGGUACGAGUGGAGGAGUACAGACUGGAGUGUGUGUCGUAUCACGCCUCUCCUCAGCCUGCAGGAGAAGAAAGUGGUGAACAUCAGCGCUAUGUGUGGAGGAGGAGUACAGAGCCGAGAGACGUACUGCGUUCAGGUUCAGGACGAGACGACACCGAGACACGGCAGAGACGUCUCUCGGCCGGUCAGUGUGAGUCUGUGUGAGGAAACACACAUCCCCUCGUCUGUCCGGUCCUGCUCUCUGCCCUGCUCUCGGUCAUGUCUGCUGUCCUCCUGGUCUUCAUGGGGUUCCUGCCUGCCUGAAGACUGCAACCAGGGGAGGAGAGGCUACAGAGAAAGGAGGAGGCACAUGCUGGGAGAAGGAUCUGGAAGCUCAAACGACUGUGGCCACCUGGUGGAGUUCAUACCCUGUGAAGAUCCUGUGUGUUUCCAGUGGAGGGUUGAAGAUGAGGGAGUGUGUGCACCUAAUGAGGGGACUUGCGGCUCUGGCAGCAGAAGUCAAACUGUGGCCUGCGUCAACUCUGAAGGUGAGGCUGUGGAGGCGGGGCUUUGUGAGGAAAUCCCGCCCCCUGUGGAGGUAACCUGUGAGGUGGCGUGUCCCGGUGACUGUGUGGUCAGCUCCUGGUCUGAUUGGUCACAGUGUUCUCACUCCUGUGUCAAGAAGAACACAGAGGGCAAGCAGAGUCGCUCUCGCAGUGUUCUCGCUCUACCUGGGGAAGGGGGUAAAUCCUGUCCUCCUGCCCCAGCUCUGGAGGAGUGGAGAUCCUGUAACAAUAAUCCGUGUGUGGUGUUUUAUUGGGAAGCGUCUCGAUGGGGUCCAUGCGUCCCGGAUAUGUUCUUUUCUCAGAACCGGACCGACGGCGGUAACGAGACAUCCAGCUGCUCUGCAGGCCUUCAGACACGAAAGGUCACCUGCAUGAAGAUCAACGGAGGAGCGGUCACUGCAAAACGGUGUCCUGAAUCAGCGAGGCCGAGCUCAGUGCAGUCGUGUGUGUUACCGUGUAAAAGGGACUGUGUUGUUACUCUGUUCAGUGAAUGGACGGCCUGCCCUAACACCUGCCUACCUGCUAACUCGACCACGCCCACUCAGUCCCGCUACAGGAUGGUGGUCCAGCGUGCGGCCGGUGGGGGUCAGGAGUGUCCCGAUACCAUGUUUGAGGAAAGGGAAUGUGAACCACUUCCUGUCUGUCCCACCUACAGGUGGAGGACACAUAAAUGGCAGGCGUGUACGCUGGUGCCGGAGUCAGUCCUGCAGGGAACCCUGGGAGUGAGGGAAGAGUGUGGAAGAGGCCUGGAGAAGAGAGCUCUGACCUGUGUAGAUGAAAACGACGAGCCCGUGGGCGUGUCAGAAUGUGUGCAGUGGGCGGGGCCGGCACCACCUCGAGUGCGGAGCUGCUGGAUUUCCUGUAAAGACGACUGCACUUUCAGCCCCUGGUCCAAAUUUACAGAAUGUUCAGGUUGCGAAGGCACACGCACUCGCAAACGCAGUGUCACAGGGCGGAGCAGAAAGCGAGAACGCUGUCUCAAGGAGGAUGUGUAUCCGCUGGUGGAAUCUGGGCCAUGUGUAUGUGAUGAGUUGAUCUCUGAGCUGUGGGGGAACUGGUCAGUGUGUAUCCUGCCUAGUGUCCCACCACCUCUCUCAACACAUGGAUGGAGGUGGGAGAAGGAUGUUCGUGAGUGUGGGGAUGGAAAACGCUACCACGCAAUAGCCUGUCUGGACCAGAAAGGACGCCUCCUCAACCCGUCUCAGUGUGCAGAUACAGAGCUGCAGGAGGAAGCAUGCUCCAUUCCUUGCCCCCUGGACUGUCGUCUUAGCUCCUGGUCCCCCUGGUCCCCCUGCAGUGUGUCCUGUGGCAGUGGACUGAGGGUUCGCUCCAGAUGGCUGAGGGAGAAACCUUUUAACGGGGGACGGCCUUGCCCCAAACUGGACCUCAAGAAUCAGGUGUCUGAGGUCGUGCCGUGUCGGGGUGUGUGUGCAGUGUAUCAGUGGGUGACCGAGUCCUGGUCCUUCUGCUCCAUCAACACGGUGGACGAAGGGAGCGCGUGCGGGGAGGGAGUGCAGAGCCGCAAGAUCCGGUGUGUACUGCGUGGUGAUGGUGUUAAUGAGAGUCACAGUGUUAAUGACUCUCUGUGUGAUCAGGACGACAUUCCUGCUCAAGCUCGCACCUGCACACUGCCUUGUCCUGAUGGCUGUGUAAUGUCACCCUGGAGUCACUGGAGUUCGUGUCCCAUGGUAACAACCCCAGAUCUCUCAGGUCACCAUGACAAUAGAAACAGGGCACAGGGUAAUGGAACUGAAAAGAGGACUUACAGGGCUGAAGACAGGACCUGCAAGGAUAAGUCGUGUGACAUGAACUCUGUGAGGACGAGGACGAGGACGAGGCAGAUGCUCCGCCCCCCCGCCGCCCACACCACCUGUCCCGAGAGGAACGAGACGGAGCCAUGCGUCGUUAAUGCCAACUGUUUCACCUACCAGUACAACGUCUCCGGUUGGAGUAGCUGCAUGCUGAGUGAGCAUGCUGUGUGUGGUGAAGGGUCCAGGACUCGGCUGCUUGACUGUAUUCGCAGUGAUGGCAAACUGGAAGAUUUGAGUGUGUGUGAGGAGUUGGCUGUUCCUCAGCCGUGGACGCUCAGUGAAACCUGCCGUGUGGAUUGUCCCAUCAGCUGCAUGCUCUCUGAAUGGACACAGUGGACCAAGUGCUCACACUCCUGUGGAAACCAGGGCGUGAUGUCCAGAUCUCGACGCGUCCUCCAGAACGCUCAUGAGGAAGGACGUCCGUGUCCAUCGCAGCUCUCACAGACUAAACCGUGUCCCAUCAGGCCGUGCUACAGCUGGCUGCUGGGGGGCUGGUCAUCCUGCCAUGUGGAGGGCGCGGACUGUGGAGACGGUGUGAGAAGCAGGAACUUAUCGUGUGUUGUACACUGGGGUCACUGGCCCGAAUCGGCCGGCCCAAGACCUGACGUCCACGCUCCGGCUAUCGUAGUGGAGGACGAGAAAUGCAGCGAACAUUUCAGGACAGAGAACGAGCAGGAACUGCAGCAGCCAUGCUUCGUACCCUGUCCAGGAGACUGUCACCUGACAGACUGGUCGCCAUGGAGCUCGUGUCAGCUGACCUGCAUAGAGGGGCGGAGUUUUGAGGUCGAAGGUCAUCAGGCACGCUCGCGAGCCGUCAUCAUCCAGACGCUAGAGAACCAGGAGAGCUGUCCAGACCAGGAGAUCGAGACACGGACGUGUAAAGGGGGGAAGUGCCACAGCUACGAGUGGAGGACGAGCGGUUGGAGUGACAACGUGAGGGAGGUGUGGUGUCAGCGCUCAGACGGAGUCAACGUCACAGGAGGAUGUUUUGUGGUGAACAAGCCGACGACGGAGCGUCACUGCCAUCCUCCCUGCACUAAACCCUUCUCUCACUGCAAACAGAGUGGAGUGUGUGGCUGUGAAAAAGGCUACACGGAGGUGAUGAACACGCAUGGCUUCCUGGAUUACUGCACCAGGACACCAGGGGGCGCCGGAGACACCAGGAAGGCUGACGUGAAGAGCAGCUCAGGGAGGGUAAAACCGGGCCCAUCACAAAUCCACGACUUCUUCGGCGAGUGGUCACUACAGGCCAUUAGCCCAGAUGGGCGGAUAAAGAUGUGGGUGUACGGAGCCACAGCCGGAGGCUUCAUCCUCAUCCUCUUCAUCAUCACUGUGUCCUUUCUCUUCUGCAGUCGACCAGUGAAACAGAGUAACUCCCCUCCGCUGCAGAAAGCACUGUCUCUGGCCUACGAUGGAGAUGUGGACAUGUGACAGAGCUUUCAGAACCCCAGGAGCUCACCCUGGACCACGGGGGGGGGUCUCGGAUCGGGAAAUCUUCGCUAGAGAAUGGAGGGGAAUUUCAAGCAAAGUGUGUUUUCAUAACCUUUAGUUUUGACAUUGGACCAGAACGAGCAGGCAUCUCGGUAACACUGAGGGGAAAAAAGACGAGUAAAAAUUGAAGAACUUCAGUCUCUAUUCGCACAAAAGAACCAACCGUAACUGAGUGAUGAGGAAACAAACAAGAAACUCCUACACUACUAUGCACUAUAUUAGUGCUUUCCUCAAUUAUUAUUUUUGCAAACUGGUUUUUAGUGGGUUUUAUUUAUUUAUUUAUUUUCAUUGUGAUGCAGCUGGAGUUUUCAUCAUGUGAUGUAUAUGAAUGUGUACACGCAGGCCUGAUCUUCAUCUUCUACUAAAACCAAAAGAGAUUGUUGCAUCAGCCCAAGUUCUGACCUUUGACCCUUAGACCCUGUAGCUUGUAUCCUUUAGCACCAGCAGUCGAUCCUCUUCACACGUUUAGCUUCUUCAUCGUUUUUUCCCACCAGAUUGCGGAUCAUUUUCGGCAGAUUUGAGCAGGAUGUGUUGUUUUCUCAUUCCUGUGAUAAACAGGGAGUGGAACGAGACCCGAGAGCCACGUGUUCGGUAGCUGUAGAUCAUCAACCAGGUGCUUUUUUUCGUCCACUUUCUGUUUUCAGAUUGCAAGAGCAAAAAAUUAAACAAAACAAAACAUGGAGGACAAAAAAAUUCAGGUGAAAAUGAAUCUCAUGUAUAUUUCCAGCUAAUUGAAAAUGUUUCAUUGACAUUGUUGGAACUAGCGAUAACAAUCUAGCGUGUGUUUUUUUUAGCACACAGAACGACGGCAUACAAAUUUAUAAGUUAAAAUCACAAGCCGCUGAAACUGACUUGAUUUUCUGUCUGUAAAGUUACAGCAAAGACAGACAGAUUCCUCAUCACCAGAGUUACGCUAAUCUUUCAUUCAUCUGCGUUACUGAUCAUAAUGAAUGUAAUCCCCAGAGCAGGCUGGAUGCUAACGAUGACUGAAGAGCAGCGGCUUUAUAGAGCGGAUUAAAAUGGAUAGGAACACAAUGCCGAGUGUGUAUGCGAGCACACGGCUGACAGACUGAGCAGAUUUUCCUCGCUGGUCUUUGUAUGAGGUCUAUUGGGUAGAAACAGUUAGACUGAUUUCCUCUGAUAUGUGUAUGUUUAUAAAAACCAUAACAUCAGACCAACCUGAUGACCAGGUCCAGGGUUCUGCAUGGGACCUUUAAAGAAGCAGCAUUCACAUCCAGGUGAAUAGUUUAGAGCUUUCAGGUUCUCAAACUCUUCAUCUUCUGGGAACAGUCCAAAAAAAAAAAAACCCUGCAAUAGACACUGUAUGUGUGUGUGUGUGUGUGUGUUUGUGUGUGUGUGUGUGUGUGUGUUUGUGUGUAUGUGUGUGUGUGUGUGUGUGUGUCCUGGUUUGCUAGGAGUGCAGGAACACUUGACAGAGUCUGACAGAAACCAGAGGAAAUCUACAUUCUGGGGCAUAACAAAUGGGCCACAGUUCUUCAUCCUGCAGGUUGUUGGAGGUUCUCUGAUGUCUGUGUGUAACAUUUCUGCCUGUAAUUUUACUCCAAAGACAUUAUUAUAUACUGAACAGGAAAAGCUGCUCUGUGUCCACUUGUUUCUCUGGUUUUUACUCGUGUUAACGUUUUAUACGUUCGUUUUGCGUUUUAUUUGUAACUCCGUCGGAUUUAAAAGUGAGAUAAAGAUGUUUAAGCAGCUGGUUUUAAAUCAAUUAUAAGUUUUAAAGACAGUGAAGCAUGAAGUCAUCACCGUCAGCUACAGGAGCAGACACUCGUUUAUCCCUGAUGCUCUGUUUCAUCGUCUCACAUCUUCUGCUUAUUCUCACCACAUUUUCACCUCAGACAGGUGGAGAAAGAAUUUCUUUUUCUUUAUUUCUUUUUUUUCCAGUCAGCUGGUUCUGAGAUACGAACACAAUUUACUAAACUUCAGGUUGAUUGAAAUUAAAACAAAGUUCAGGUUUGUUCUGCUUUAUGAACCGCUCUGCCUCAGAGAGAAGAAUGUAUUAGAUUUACUGCUAGUUUUUCCGACCUCAGAUUCAGCUUUUAUUUAACUUAAAUCUUUAUUUGUGUUUUGCAUUAACUUUGAAAUUUUACGUGAAAUACAGUCUACUGUUAACGUUUCGUAUCGGCGGCUGUGUCUCUUUUUAACACUUUUAAUUUCCCCUCAGAUAUUUUUACCUAGAGCAGAGAUGCCAGAAUUUAUGGAUCACCUGAUUGUUGACCUGUCGCCAUGCCGACACGGAGAUUUUCUUUUAUCCUUUAAUCUAUCACUGUUAGCUUUUAUUGUUUUGCUAUGUAGUUUUCCAUCUUUUGAUAUGUAUUUUAAAAGGCUGUAUUUGUUUUUGUUUGUUUUUGUUUGUUUGUUUGUUUGACCAAUCAUCCGAUCAAAAGCAAAUGAAAUUCUCCCAAAGGAAAGUGGUGUGAAAUACACUUUAGCUUCAUCUAGAUAAACUUUGACCUAUAAAUUCAUUGUUCCGGUGUAAACAGUGGAGACGUGUUACUCGGUAUUAACACAACAAACCAAUUACCUAGCUAAUGCUAAUGCUAAUCCUCUGCAAACAAUGAGAAGUAGCUAGCAUGUGAUCUAAAAACUCUUUUCAGUAAUGUCUGAUGGAACAACGUGAGUGAAGAUGCUGGACGCUAGCAGUGAAACCAUGGCAACAAGCGAUUGGCUCAAAUCCGAAUCUCGUACCGAUUGGUGGAUCAGAUAGCGAUUGAGUCGCUAAGACAUGGCGGAAAUCUCCACCGAAUCUUAAAGGUAAAGGUGUCUAAUGUUGUGGUUAUUUUCCUGUAACAUCCUGAAGUGUUUUAUUUCUCUUAGCAACCUGCCAAUUAAACAAAGACUCCUUAUUAUUUUUAUCCAUUUCUAGUAACAUUUAGUGUGAAUUAGCUCCUGGUCUCACUCACGUCACUUCACGCCGCUGUGAAGAGUUUAAAAUUUUCCUCUGACACUGGAGACUCCUUCCGUUCAUGUUAAAUAAACAUCUCCUUACAACAUGCCGAUUUAAUCCGUUUACGUGGAGCAUCGUCGAACACAUCCCUGUGAAUGAGCUGUUGCUAUAGAAACCAUCACGUAUCAUAGCGAUCAUGUUAAAAUGAACCUGUGUUGUUGUUAGAGAGAACGAGUCAGCACCUGACUACCGGUUAUUAAUGGACUGGAGGUCACACGCUAGCAGGUAAUCUUUCUCGCUAAUGUAUGAUGACGUGCUAGCUUCCAAGAAAUGCUCAUUUUUAAGAAUUAGCAUAUAUUUUAUUACAUUUCCCAUUCCAACACCUUUCAUUUUCCAUUUUCCAACAUACAGCAUAAUAUAUUACACAUUUAAAUCACCAUCAAAUCUUAAUAAAGCAAAUAUUUAUUUAUUUAUUUAUUUAUUCUUGUUUGUUUUCUUCUUUUGCUUCUUCUUCUUCUUCUUCUUC